AUGGCAGGAAACAACAGAACUGAACGCACGCCGUUGCUCAAUGGCGAUGCACCUGCAUCAGACCGCAACGAGCCGAGAGAGUCGUUUGGUAGUCGAUUCAAGCGCUUUUUGCAGCGCAAUGGUGUCUACCUCAUCAUCAUACUGCUGCUUCUUCUUGUCCUCAUCCCCUUGAUUGUUCAGACUGUUCGUAGCUCUAAACACCGUCAUCACUCGCACGACAAGACUCCUUCGCAUGACGACUCCCCUGAACACCCCAACAAUACCGAGCUUUGUACAUCAGCCGCUUGCGUGCUCGCUUCUGCAAACAUACUUCAUAGUCUCGCGCCGAGUUACGAGAAAUUGGAUCCCUGUGAUGACUUCCGCACAUACGUGUGUGCUGGAUUCGAUGCUUCCCAUGAGAUUCGUGAGGAUCAAGCAGGUGUCGGAAACCUUCAGAUCAUGAACGAGAACAACCAGCUCAUCUUGAAACACAUCCUGGAGUCUCCUGCACCGAAGGACACGUCCAUAUUCUGGACCGCAGCGAACCCAGACCAGGAGAUCUUCGGCAAGCUACAGGAUGGCUACAAUGCCUGCAUGAAUGAGACGCUCCUGGCUUCGAUAGGCUCAAAGCCUCUACUUGAUCUUCUUCUGGAGCUGGACAAGAUUUACCCUGCCAAAGAGCCAAAGACAACCAAGAAGGACGAGUCUCUAACAAAGGCAGUCGAAUAUCUAAUGGAGAUUGGUGUUGCAAGCCCCAUCUCUGUUGAUGUUGGCGCCGACGACAAGGACCCCGAUGUCAACAUUGUCAUGGUCGGUGCUCCCUACUCCUUUGGACUGCCGAGCAAGCAGUACUAUGAGCGCGCAGAGAUUGUUGAGUCAUACAAGGAGACCAUCGGCCUUGUCCUCGAGGCUCUUCUGAAAGAGGCCAGACCUGGAGUUCUUCCCUUCUCGUCGGAUGAAGACGAGGAAUUGACCACGCUUAGCAAAGACCUUGUCGACAGUCUGGUGGCUCUCGAGAAAUCCAUGGCCGACGUCGCUCCAGAUCCGGAGGAUGCCGCAGAUGUCACGAAGUACUACAAUCCACGCACCUUGAAGGAGACUGAAGCCUACAACUCAGAGAUCUCAGUCAAGCACAUUCUGAACACUUUCGCGAGCGACUACACGCCAUCAAAGAUCAUCGUGAGCUCGCCCGAGUAUCUGCAAGAGCUUUCCAAGAUUCUCAAAUCGUCCUCCCGCAAAACAAUCAAAGCCUACUUGGUCUGGAAGGUGGUCCAAUCGUGGGCGGGUGCCGUAGAGGACUCAGCCGUGCAGCCACUUCUACGCUUCAGGAACAAGCUACAAGGCAAGGCGCCAGAUGUCAAGCAAGAGCGUUGGAGAACUUGUGUUAGCACUGUAGGCAACGAUCUUGAAUGGAUCAUGAGUCGCUUCUUCGUCGAACGUGCUUUUUCUAAGGAGGCCAAAGACUUAGGUGACCAGAUCAUCCUCGACAUCAAGGAUGAAUUUACCGUCAAGCUCAACGAAUCCGAGUGGAUGACUGAAAGCGUUCGUCAACUUGCCAUCGAGAAGGUCCACCUUAUUCGCCAGAAGAUCGGCUAUCCCACUCAGAGCCCUGAUAUUACAAACGCAGGCGAGCUACAAGAGUAUUAUAGCAACAUCAGCAUCUCGGCCACAACGUACUUUGAGAACAAGCUUUCGGUCGUGAGACAUGAUGUCCGCGAAAGCUGGUCGCAAGCCGGCAAGCCAGUCGACAAGGAUGAAUGGGGCAUGUCUGCACAGACUGUUAAUGCCUACUACAAUCCUCCUGGGAACGAGAUUGUGUUCCCAGCUGGAAUCAUGCAGGCACCAGUUUUCUACGAUCCAUCUAUUCCUAGCUACCUAUCCUACGGUGCAUUUGGAGCUGUUGCCGGCCAUGAACUGUCUCAUGCUUUCGACUCUUCUGGCAGAAACUACGACCAGAACGGCAACUACACAGAUUGGUGGGAUGAGGCCACAAUCGAAGCCUUCAAGACCAAGACCGAUUGCUUCGUUGAACAAUACCACAACUACACAGUACCCACAAAGAACGGACGUCUUCCGAUCAACGGCAAACUCACCCUAGGAGAGAACAUUGCUGAUGCAGGUGGCCUUACUGCUGCCUACCAAUCUUGGAAGCGUCGCGAUGAUGAGAAGGCGGACCUCAUGCUUCCCGGACUUGAUCACUUCACCAAAGAGCAGAUCUUCUUCCUCGCAUACGGGCAGACAUGGUGCGGAAAGAUGAGGUAUGCAGAGUGGACUCGUUUGAUUCAACUGCCAGUACUGACCUCAGAUAGGGAAGAGCAAAUCGUCCAGAGAAUCUACACAGACCCUCACAGCCCUGACAUGUUCAGAAUCAAGGUAUGA